AUGUUCUUGCUUAAAAUUGUGUUUAGUGCGGUCGCUUGUUUAACAGUGACAAAUUAUAUUUUUGUUACGGGACAAGAUGACCAACAGACGCCGCCAACUGAAGGACAACCGCUACCGCCAUCGCCCUCACCUCCACAGUCAGGUCCAGAAGUUAAACCAUCGCCAGAUCCUCUCGAUGAAGGCGGACAGCCAGGAGAAGAACCCGUGUACGAAAAAACAGACCCACCACCACCGGAACAUCAUACAUAUGUUGCAUUAAUUGACAUAGUUUUCACGGAUGGCAGGAAACGUACAUGUACUGGUACUAUUAUACAUACUAAUGUCGUCAUCACAGCUGCUCAUUGCUUCAUUGACAAUAAUGCGAUUGACGCUGAACUCACCGCGUCAUUCGUUGUUAUUGGAACAAAAAAGAUGUAUGACACUGGUUAUGAGAACUACUUACCUAUUGAGAGAGUAAUAACACAUCCAAAAUAUAAGGGUUGGACCGCUGACAUUGCCCUGGUGUACACGUUCGCGAGUAUGACAGAUGACAAACCUGGCAACGUCAUACCGAUUAUUGGGGAAAGUGCGCUGACUCCUGUGGAUUCGAAUGUCACCAUCCUCAGUUGGGGUCAUUGCAAAGAUGAUGUAACUACAAAUACUCGACAGCCACUCCAUGCAGGAGAAAAUAAACGCAUUUGCUCUUCUGAGGACGAUAAUCAUGAGUCUUGUGAAGUAACUUCACCUAAACCUCUGAGGCAAGGUAGUUCUACGGAACAUGAACGUAGUAGUGAGCAGGACGGAUUCCCACAACGAUCUCAAUUUGAUAAAUCACAACAACACGGUGGAAUGGCUCCCACGACUAGUAGGAUGGGCGUGUCAAUGAAACCUGCCCAGAGACUGUCCCAGUACUCGAACCGGGAGAACUAUAACCAAAGAUCACAUGAGCGCCAGGGCAUAACGCCAUCCAAUCGCUAUUCGUCACGAGAGUCAAAUGGGAAAAAAAGUAAAUUUUCACCAAACCCAUUGAUACCUAUAAGAAUGGACGAUACAUACCCCACGAAACAACGACAGUUUCGGCAAAACUCAUCUAUGAAUGGAAACAUGGACUAUGAGUAUGCGCUUCUAGGAGUGCAAGUAAGGGCUAGAGCGAGCAAUGAUGAAUACAUGGUUCCGACUGUUAAACUGUCCAGUGCAAAAGGAGAUAUGCGACUCUCACGUAAUUACUCAUCGAUGAAGAAUGUUAUAAAGGAUAGGCGACGAGAAAUAAUGAGAAGAAGACCAAGUUUAUCGAAAAAACGUCAUAUAAGUGGGCGAAGAACAGUUGGAGCGAAGGAAAACAAAUUGACAAUCGAAAUCUUUGGUUUUGUGAACGUUCAGACUUGCAAGAAAUUAGUUGAUAGAGUAUUGCCGGCCAUAUACGCAAUAAAUACGAACGAAGUCGUGUGUUAUGCAGCUGAAGAGCACUUCAUAAGUGAUGAUGAUUCUGGAGCGCCAGCUAUCCGUCAAGGACAUUUGGUGGCAGUGACCUUGGGCGGGGUGGAAUGUGAAGGAGACCACGUGGCUAUAGGAAUUAAGAUGAACUGCUUCUGUUCCUGGAUAGCAGAAAAUCUACCGGAGAAGGAUAUAAAUUGGAAAUGCUGUAAAAAUUGCUGCACCGGCUCGGAAAACAAACCGCACUCGUCCUCUGCAUCACCAAGAAACAAAUAUUUGUAUAAAAAAUAA